CUGUAUAUGCGGAGGCGCUAGUGGACAGAUUCCAAUACACCCGUUUGUGUAUGCUGUUUCUGAUAUUUCAUACGUUUUAAUGUAUUAUAUAAGAAUAUUUGUACAUAUACAUAAAUUGUGUUGAUGAAUGGAUUAUCACACUAUGUGUACUUUCCGGUGAUAGCCAUGUGCACAGGAAGGAUCUUUACUAUCAGGAAAUUGAAAUGCAACAAUGGAAUGCAACAACAGCGUAUCAGAAACCACCAGGAUGGCAAGCGGUGUUGCAGCAAGAGAACUACUACCCUUUAAGACAUUGACAGAAUUAUACAAUACCCUAGACAGUAGACUAGCAGAAUUAUCAGAAUCGGCAUAUAUCGCAGAAUCGGUAGAUUAUGUCUAUCGUGGCUCGGACAUUGUCGCGGAGAAAGUUCCACUGGAAAGGGUGGAUAGGGCUGAACAGCCCAGAACGCUGGUCUGUCACGAUAUGAAAGGUGGUUAUCUCGAAGACAGAUUCUUACAAGGUUCCACCUCUUACGAUUCCUAUGUGUUUUACUAUUGGAGUAUUAUCGAUACAUUUGUUUACUUUAGUCAUCACUUUGUGACUAUUCCACCUUACGGUUGGAUCACGGCGGCUCAUCAUCACGGUGUGAAAGUUCUGGGUACCGUAAUCACGGAGGGAAGGAAUGACACUUGGGACACGAUUCUUGCAUCGCAAGAGGAUGCAAGAAAAUUCGCAGAUACUCUAGUGUUGAUCGCAAAAAGCUAUCAAUUUGAGGGCUGGCUUCUGAACAUUGAAAAUAAAAUUAAGCAGGAGGAUAUUGAUAAUUUGAUUUAUUUCAUUAAGUAUCUAACAGAGAAUAUUCACAAUGAGAUUGAAGAUUCUGAAAUUAUCUGGUAUGACAGCGUGACCAACAAGGGUGAAUUAAAUUGGCAGAAUGAGCUCAAUGAUAAUAAUAAAGAAUUUUUCUUGUACUGCGAUGGUAUAUUCUUAAAUUAUACUUGGACGGAAUCGCGUCUGAACAAUAGUCGUCUAUUUGCAAAGGAAUUAGGUCGCGAUAUUAAGGAUAUUUAUGUUGGAUUAGAUGUUUGGGGAAGAGGAUGUCCAGGUGGAGGCGGCUUCAAUUCAGCAUAUGCGCUAGAUUUGAUACGAAAACAAGGACUUUCAGUAGCAAUCUUUGCUCCUGGAUGGACACACGAAUAUUUUGGUCCAAGCACUUUUUUAAUUCUAGAAGAUUUAUUUUGGGCUCAAUUGUUUCCUUAUUCCUAUGUACACGUACCUAUUUUUGAGGAUGACACGUUUAAAACUUCCUUCUGUCGAGGUGCUGGUAUUUGCUAUUAUUACAAUGGCGAGGAAUAUUUUGAACCAUAUGUAAUAAACGGUGAAAUCACUCCCACGAAGAAAGCAUUUUACAAUUUGCGAAUGCAACAACUACAGUUGGCGAUUCCUGUCCCACAUCUACAAUUUACACAAUCGACACAACGAAUUCUUACUGAAAAUGGUGAAAAUGAAAAACAAAGUAAUAAUGAUAAUGAUAAACGUGACAGCACUAAGAAGAAAGAAAUUCGAAUAGAACGUAUUUACGAAAAUAAGAAGAACAUUAUACGAGUAUGUGAUAAUGUCGUCAAGUUUGAAGAUAAAUUAUCUGUUAUUGAUGUCAAUAGUUUUGAAUUUUGCAAUCAAUUCUCCUACAAUGGCGGUGGGUGCUUGAAGUUGAUUACCAAAAAUCCUAGAUUAUAUCAUAGAUUAUUCUUGGUUCAUAUUGAUUUGAAACAAGAUAUCCAGGCAACUGUCGUUUAUACAGAACCCGAAAUCACUGCUUGGUCGUACAAAUUUAAUAAAAAUCCUAUUCUAGUUUUGGGUAACAACGGUAAUUUAAAAUCAAUUGUACCAUACGACUCUGUCAGAAUAAACGCUAAAUGGAAAAAAUGUAUCUAUCUGACAAACUUGAGGACCGUGGAUGAGAUUGGCGUGUUCUUCCUAACAGAGUGCGAUUGUUACUUAGGCGAAAUUAUUUUGGGAAAAAGAAGUCAUCGUUUUGAAAAAGAAGAAGAUAUUUCAGAGCGAGAAUUGAGAUUGAUAGAAUAUCGAUAAUUACGAUCCUGAGUACGUUGCCAGUCUUAUUAGUGAUUUCCACGUUCAAUAAUUUGCUUCAAGUUUAACAUAACUGUAUUAUUUAUCCAACCGUUACAAUAAAAUCUAACGCAUUCAAAUAAUACACAAUUCAAAUGAUAAAAUAUUUUAUCGCGGAUUUUAUAAUUUUCAAAAAUAUUUAAGAAAAAAGGCAGAUUUAUCGGUAAUAAUCUACAACUAAAUCUUUCUUUUUAUCUGUAUACAAAAUAAUUAUAUCACCAUACAUAUUAAAAUACAAAAUCGAAUAAAA